AUGGCGAACCCCCUUUCCGUUGCCGGCUCCGCCGUUGCCGUUGUAUCUCUCGGUCUUCGAGUGACCGGGGGGAUCACGGAAUACAUCGACGCUCUUCAAUCUCGUGACCAGUAUAUUGCAUCUGUUAGACAAAAGAACGAUACAUUACGAAAGACCCUUCAAGUUGUCGAAGCCUCGCUCUCCCGUCUUCAGUUGCAGGGAGAUCACCAAGCGGCUGCCCAGGUAGUGCGAGAAUGCCUAGAUACAUCGAUGAAGGAAUUGAAGGCUUUGGAGGAUCUCAUCACGGAGCUUACCGUCGGCGAUCCAUCACUGCCUCGCCGGCAAAGCAAACUCAAGACUCAAGGCAAGAAGUUGAUGUAUCCAUUUAGUCGUCCAAAGCUCGAACAGCUAGGGACGAGACUAGGGCACAUAAAUGCGGCACUUCAACUGGCGUUGCAGACUCUAGGUCUUUCUAUAUCGCAAUUGAGCACUGAGAAACUGGUUACGCUUGAGGCAGCCUCUCAUGCAAUGUCUACCGAUCUUCUAAUGGUCCAGUCCGAAGUCUCGGCCAUCGGUAACCCCAUCAAAGACAUGCAUAAGACCCUAUCUGGAUUUGAGACACGUUUUGAAAGCCUUGAGGAUUUAUGUAAACGCCUGCUUGAAAGCCCGGCGAUGCCCCGAUCCACGCCUGAGGCCACUUCGAACAUGAUUACUACCCAGCUCAUUAGCAAGCCAGCAGUCUUGAGAGACAUGUGUGAUGCUUCUGGAGCUCGGGAAUUCUACAAGUCAAAUCAGUUCCCGUCCAUAAUGAAUCAUGGCUCAGCACAAACCGGCAUGGUGUCAAGGUAUCCAGGUGGAAGAUUUUCAUGUGUAUGCCGCCACCUACAGCACCUACAACGGAACAGUUCUAGCUGGGGCGCUAUCAAUGUGUCCUUUGAGACCAUCACGGAGAAGCAUUUGCCUGGGUGUCCAGCCGGUCGAAUGAUAUUGGAUGCGAACCGAAGCCAAAAGAUCAACUUCACCUACACAGGACUGAGAAAGUUGCUCAACUCGGCUAUCCAGCUUUCUUUUAUGAUGCCUUCGGGUGCAGGAGGCUGGAGUCUCGGUUCCAACAUCACCAUCUAUCCUAUUGUCGACUCAAGAACUGCUCCAGUCUUCAAAUUAUUGACUAUGGUAGAAACCGCCCAGGGGCAUUUGAGGGAUGAGACGAAACUGACAGAAACUUUGUACCCAUCGGUGGUAUCGUCGAUACUGAGGCUAUUUCAAGCCCGGAAGGCAUCCCCUCGAGCAGUUGACGAUGAGAAUAGGUCUCUCGUCCAUUACUUAAUCAAAUGUAUUAGAAACUUGAACCUUACUCACUUAGAACCAUUGCCGAGCCAGGCAGAACCCAGUGUAUUUCUUGAUCUUCUCCAAUACCUUCUUGCCAACAAGGCCCCAGCAAAUGAUUAUGAUGAUUGGGGCAAUACGCCCAUCUCUACCAUGUUUACGACUUAUUAUUAUUCUGCUGUCACCGAUCCGAUAUACUCUGCUGUUACGGAGCUCAUUCUUCAAAAUAACACUGAGGGUGAUGUAGUCUGCAUAUCAGGACCCCCGAAUCCACCAGCAGCGGCGACAAUUCUUGAUAGGUCAGGGCGGAAAUAUCAUGCAGAACCCUUCGUAUUAUUACUCCAUUUUCUGUCAAGUUCGACUAAGUUGGCUGAAGCCUAUGGAUGUGGUCCAUUGAGCAUAGCAAUUUUAUCCAACAGCAUGGAACAAGUCGAGUAUUUGGUGAAGAACCAUCCCGCCACUCUCGCUGAGCGAAACCUUUUCGGGUACACUCCACUCCAUCUCGCUGCGGACAAACCGCAAUUCUUACGACUUCUGGCAAAAGCCGCAGAUGCUUGUGUUCUAAACCACAGUGACAACAAUUCCGGAAUGUCUCCGGUAGAAGCCGCCCUCAUGCUCAGCAGGUUGAAGUGUCGGGAGCGAGAGAAUAGUUCCCGCAUGUGCCGGAGAUGUAGAUGUGCUGAGUGUGUCGUCAUUCUUCUGAAAGCCGAUUGCUCUGUUCCGGUAUCACCAAGAUUGAGUGGCACACUGAGUUGUGCUUCCAAAAGAUGUUCCCUGAAGUAUAUACGACACAUGAAGGCACGGAGAGACAGACUAAAGCGUCUGGCUAUUGACAACCUUUCUAUAGCCGAACUGGAGCAGCUAGACCUGUCUGCUGAAAAUGUCCUUGAUUCUCUUGCGCCUCGAGCCAUCCACCUCCUGCAGAAACGGGGUGUCUCUAUCCCUGAGGCCCUCGAGGUCGGCCCUUUGCCAGUGUACCGAAAUCUGCAAAAUUUCGAAUAUGCUGAACUCUUCUUCCGGGUUGAUUUUCACGACACAGACGCAUGGAUUGACGUCGAUAAGGCAUCACUGGAGAGCAUUCCCCCACAACUGACCAGUUUUUCUACACAAGGCCCUUCCUAUCUCCUAUGGCUAGGCGCACAUGGGGCUGAGUCUUGCCAGUUCAAGUCCUUCGACUCACCUAAAAACAUCUUCACCGCUCUUUUUCUAUUCUUCGGAAUAGGCCCAAAACUCGAAAAUGUCUUCUCUUCGUCCUGGAAUUUACCCUUGGGCGCAUUACCAUUAUCGCUCGAGGCUCGCAAAGACUGGUUUCGCACUGUCAAUUCCUCAGUACUCUCAGCCGACAUCCACGACGAAUGUCGUUGCCUAUGCUCUCCUACGGGCUGUACCCCUGUAACAUCUCUUUUAAAGGGCGCUUUUGCGCCCAUGAUUUGGAAACGUAGAUUUAGAAAUCUGGGGAGAGGCCACGGGGAGGAAUCCAUGCGGAGGCCAUUGAUUUCGCGCAUGAUCAACCCCUUUAUUCAUUACCUUGAAGAAUUUUGGGCCUACUUCGAGGUCAGGCAUCACACCGAAGCUCUCCGUUAUCUGACCUUUGAGCUUCUGGGGAUCUCGCAUUGUUGCUGUCAGGCUACAGAUCCGGUUUGCGAUUCGCCAGACGAAAUAGAAGAGAAACAUGGUUAUGAACUGGCGCUGUUGGAAGAGCUCAUGCACGAGUUUAGUGGAAAGCUCACCAAAGUCCUUAAAGAUCCGAGCCUGAGUAUUGAUCAUAUAACCAAGUUCUGGACACAUACUUGGGUGGAUCGAAUGACUGAGGUUCUGGAUAAGCUUGAAGGGGACAAUUUAACAGUCGACGAGAAACGGGAAGCUGAAGAGAUCGGGGUAGUCUGGAAGACAUUGGGACCUGAACCCCCGGAAUCCCCUACUCCUGAAAUUCUGGACAACCCAUAUGAUAAGAGCACGAUAGAUCACUGGAUGUAUGAGGUGUAUAAGAUUGAGGCAGCAUGUUGA